AUGGGCAACUCACAGUCCUCCAGCGCCGUCAACGAACCCGCGGUCGAGAAGAUCCUCGUCCAACAACUCCAGAAUCUCCGCACCAGAGAUAAGCUGAGACAGUUGGAAAUCGAGAAGGAAUAUGUUCACGUGGAGACUGAAAAAGGAAUUCCUCAUACAUAUUCGGCCGACCCUACUCUAUCUAUCAAGACGGCUGAAGCAUGGGAGAAAGAACUGCUUGCCGAUCCGAAGAACCGCCUGGCAUUGAAUGCCCUCCUCUCUAAUGACGUCCGCUCCAUCGUCUCCAACAAAGUCGCUACUGUCACAGACACACAGACAUUCAAUGUCCAGAUCCCUUUUGAAGGAGCGCCAGUCACCAAUCAACGAUCAUCGGGAAGAUGCUGGCUGUUCGCCACCACCAAUGUGUUACGGGUAGCCGUGAUGAAGAAGCAUAAUCUGAAGGAAUUCGAAUUGAGCCAGGCAUAUCUCUUCUUCUGGGACAAGCUGGAGAAGGCCAACUGGUUUCUGGAACAGAUGAUUGACACUGCAGAUAAGGGUCUGGACAGCAGAUUGGUACAAGAGCUGCUCGGUGCCCCGGUCAAUGACGGUGGUCAAUGGGAUAUGGCGGCCAACUUGGUGGCCAAAUACGGAUUGGUCCCUCAAAAACUCUACCCGGACUCCUACAAUGCCAUGAACUCUUCUGCCAUGGGUUCAAUCCUCACCACCAAGCUCCGUGAAGACGGCCUCGCCCUCCGCGCCAUGGUGAAGAGCCCAUCCAUCCAGAAAUCCUCCAUCAUUGCCGCCAAAGCCAAAAUGAUGCAAGAAGUCCACUGCAUUCUUACCCUCAUGCUGGGCCCACCACCUAAGCCCGACGAGAAAUUCAUCUGGGAAUACUACGAUGCCACCGACAAAUACCACAAAGUCGUCAAGACCCCGCUCGAACUGGCCAAGGAACUCUCUAGCCCCAGCGUCGUUCGUUCCUUGAACGCCGACGUCAAUGAACUCUUCAGUUUAGUCAACGAUCCACGAAAUAAAUACAACCAACUCAUGACCGUGGAGCGUUUGGGGAACGUCGUGGGCGGCCGCCCCAUCACCUACGUGAACGUGGACAUGGCGACCAUGAAGAAAGUCACGAUCAACAUGCUCCGAGCGGGCCUCCCCGUGUUCUUCGGCAGCGACGUGGGGAAAUUCUCCAACUCCACCUCGGGCAUCAUGGACCCGGCUCUGUACGACUACGGUCUCGCAUUCAACAUCAGCUUGAACAUGAGCAAGAGCCAGAGGCUGAUGGUGCGCGAAUCGGCCAUGACGCACGCGAUGGUUCUCACGGCCGUGCAAGUCGAGGACGGCAAAUCGGUGCGCUGGCGCGUGCAGAAUUCCUGGGGCGAGAACGCCGGCGAGAAGGGCUUCUUCGUCAUGACGGACAAAUGGAUGGAUGAGUUCGUGUAUCAGGUUGUGGUUGAUCCGGGGUUCGUGAGCAAGGAGACCAAGGACCUCCUGAAGACAGAGCCUCUGGUUCUACCGCUUUGGGAUCCCAUGGGUGCCUUGGCGUAG